AUGUCACCCGAGUAUGCAAUGCAAGGAUUAUUUUCAAUAAAAUCCGAUGUAUUUAGUUUUGGGGUGUUGCUAUUGGAGAUCAUUACUGGCAAAAGAAACACCAACUAUAAUCAUAAUGGUCCCUCCUCAAAUUUGAUUGGACAUAUUUGGGACCAAUGGAAAGAAGGCAAAGCCAUGGAAAUAGUCGAUCCAUCACUAGGUGAGACAUAUCCUGCUAAUGAAGUAUUGAGAUGCAUUCAAAUUGGGCUUCUGUGCGUGCAAGAUCAUGCAACAAAUCGACCAGCCAUGUCGGCAAUUGUUUUCAUGUUGAGUAGUGACACAACCCUUCCUUCACCAAAGCAACCUGCAUUCAUUUUCAAGAGUACCUGCAAUACUAAAGGCCAAACAACCAUUGAAGGAGCUAAUUCUAUAAAUGAAAUAACAAUUACUAAAAUAGAUGGUCGCUAA